AUGACACCCACCCAGCCCACCGAAUCCCAAAUCCUCCACUCCUACCUCCUACACCCCUCCCCCUUACCCACAAUCCUACCAUACACCGCGUUUCUGGCUCUGCUUCCCAAACACCCCUCAUCCCUCCAAACCACGCACGCCACCGAGCUAAAGCGCCUGUACCGCGACCUGGAGUUCCAACGGGCCGUCAUCGUCGACGACGUCCGCCGCCGCAUCGAAAGCGAAUGCACAAAGAGCAUCUCCCUCACGGCCCGACUAGCCAGACAGGUCCGCUGGGAAGAAAAUCUCAAACAACAGAGACAGCGACAGCGCCAACGCAAGCGGAAGCGGAAGCGAGGCCCAGAACACGAGCACGAGCACGAUCACGAAGACACGUACACGUCAGACGACGAGUGCACCGACACAGACACAAACACAAGAUCCCACCUCGACAUCGACAUCGACAUCGACAUCCAAGCCGACACGGCCCUGCACGACGGAGUACCCCUCUCGAACACGCUGAUCCAACAACCGACAGGCCCGUCCAAGCACAAGCACAGCCUCUACCACGACGGACCAUCGCUGCUCCUCGCCAUGGACAAAGCGACACGCGAUCUUGACUCUGAGAUCGCGGAUCUAGAGGCCGAGAUCGACGACCUGCGCAGUGCGUGCCAAAGCACCGUCGGCGGACUGAGUGAUUUGCGGUACGGACGGUUCGGCAGAGCUAGAGGGAGCGGGAAUGGCGUCGACGAUGUUGGUAUUGGCAACGGUAACGGUUCCGAGGAUGCAGUGGCUGACGAAGUGCUCGCUGCGUUGGACGAGUUCAAGGCCAUGCUGGCGGGCACGUAA